UUGUCCACUCAGCCUCCACAGGUUUCUUUCUUCCCACCCUUCCGGUCUAUCCCUUGUCAGCAGGCAAACCACGGUCCUCCUUUUUUCUUUUGUCUAGCAGCUGCAUACACGCAAAGCAGACUGUCCUUUACCACCAUUCUUCCUGUCACCCGCCAUUCACCCACGCACCACAAUUCCCAUCAUGGCCGCCGAUUUCCAGCGCUACUCUGUGUUUGGUACGAUUUUUGAAGUCACCCAACGAUACACCGACCUUCAGCCUGUCGGAAUGGGCGCUUUUGGUCUCGUAUGUUCGGCAAAAGAUCAAUUGACGGGCAUGAACGUGGCCAUCAAAAAGAUUAUGAAGCCAUUUAGCACACCAGUGUUAGCCAAACGUACCUAUCGAGAGCUGAAGUUGCUCAAGCAUCUGCGACACGAUAACGUUAUCAGUCUCAGCGAUAUUUUCAUCUCUCCUCUGGAGGACAUAUACUUUGUAACGGAGCUACUGGGGACAGAUCUGCAUCGUCUGUUGACAUCGCGGCCAUUGGACAAGCAAUUCAUUCAAUACUUUCUAUAUCAGAUUUUGCGCGGUUUGAAGUACGUGCACUCCGCGGGCGUCGUGCAUCGUGACCUGAAACCAAGUAACAUUCUGGUGAACGAGAACUGUGAUUUGAAGAUAUGUGACUUCGGACUAGCGCGUGUGACUGAAAGUCAAAUGACGGGAUAUGUGUCAACAAGAUAUUACCGUGCCCCCGAAAUUAUGCUGACGUGGCAGAAGUACGAUGAGGCCGUGGAUAUCUGGAGUGUGGGAUGCAUUUUUGCUGAAAUGCUGGAGGGGAAGCCGCUGUUUCCGGGGAAAGAUCACGUCAAUCAGUUUUCGAUCAUUACCGAGCUACUUGGUACUCCUCCAGAGGAUGUUAUUCAGACGAUUUGCAGUGAGAAUACACUGCGAUUUGUCCAAUCGCUACCGAAACGCGAGAAAAUCCCCUUCAGCAAGCGGUUCCCACAUGCCGACCCAAUGGCUGUGGAUAUUCUCGAAAAGAUGCUUGUGUUUGACCCACAGAAGCGUAUUACUGCUCCAGAAGCAUUAGCGCACCCAUAUUUAGCUCCUUACCACGACCCAUCCGAUGAGCCAGUUGCCGAAACAGCGUUCGACUGGUCUUUCACAGAGGCGGACCUUACGGUGGACGAAUGGAAAACGAGGAUCUACCAGGAGGUACUAGAUUUUCACUCAACAACUCAAGCCACGCCUCAGUAGUACAAUCAACCAUUGACCACCAAUCUGGUGCUAGACAACAGACAAGAUGUUGAGAUUUCAAUCUCCUCUUGUUACUUGAAUUGAGUGGACUUGGCCAUCGGAUGCAAUUGAGUUGUAUAUAUUAGUGAUAGAAACAUAUCGUCUUUGGACGGCAGUUUUACACUUUUGGUGUAUUCAGAAGUAGGUUAAAUGUUAGCUUCAGUGAGCGAAUACCAGUUCAGAUGAAACCUUACCAAGUUUCUUUGCAACAAAAAAGUUCUUGAGAUGCCGAAUUUGCCAUAGACAGGUGACUCCCAA